GGGAUGAAGUCAGGGGUGGUGAAGUGGCUGAAGCAGAGAUAGGGGGGGCAGUCGUAGGUGAGACCCGAAGAGGGGACUCUACAGGUGGUAAUGCAGGCAUGGCCACGGAUGCCAUGGAGGAACGCACCGAGACCAAGGGCGACACAACAGAUGCGGUGGUCACGGAUGCCAUGGAGGAACACACCGAGACCAAGGUCGACAUAACGGGUGCGGUGGCCACGGAUGCCAUGGAGGAACACACCAAGACCAAGGGUGACACAGCAGCUGCGGGUCGAGUUGCUCCCGCGGAAUCAAUCGUAGAAGCAACCAAGGCCGAUGAGGAAGAGGCUGUGAACCGAAAAGGGGCAGCCAGGGUCACAAACGGCAUGGAAGGGGUUACUAAGACUGAUGAGGACGCAGGUGCGACAGACGCAG